UUCACAUAGCUCUUGCUGGCCCGAGCCGAACACUGCGCACAGUAGAGACCUCAGGUUUCUGGUUAUGUUUAUGUCAAAGUUGGAUUUGAUUUUAUUUUAAUGGGAUUUUAAUGUUCCCUAAAUAAUGUUAAUAAUCAGAAUAUUCUACAUUCAACAGAGUUCAUAGUUCAGUGUUCGAUCAUCUUAUCAGUCUGAGCUAAGAGCAGACGACAGUCAAGUUAACUUUCUUAUAAGCAAUAUCAAAUCAUUAUGUGGAUUCUUUCUUUACCUCGAGUUAAUUCUCUGCUAACCCUAACAUGUUUGGUGGGACUAGGAUUGUCCCUGUAUGCUUAUAUCAUCGAAAUUCAAGUUGAGCAAGAUGAUACAUAUGCUCCAAUGUGUGAUAUAAAUGCCCAUGUCAGUUGUUCCAAGGCUUUCAAAUCUGAGUAUGGAAAAGGAUUUGGUGUAUUUGGAAAGGAUUCACCUCUGUACAAGCCCAACAGUUUAUUUGGAAUCAUGUUCUACAGUAUGAAUGCUAUUCUUGCACUAUCCAACUCCAGGUUCAUAACAAUGGUGACUUUAGUUGGUGUUGCAUUAUCAAAUGUUUUGUCUCUGUACUUCGCUUACAUUCUUUAUUUCAUACUAUAUGACUUGUGUGUAGUGUGUGUUUCAAUUUAUGUAAUCAAUGUGAUUAAUUUGAUCUUGAUUCGGCUCAAGCUGAAAUCUAUCAAUGCAAUUGAAGAGAAAUAUUCUACAGUAACACAAAAAAAGAGGAAUUAGUUCUCACGUAGGUACUUGAGAGGGCUCUUAUGCCUAAUUCUGUAUCUGUGCCUGAUGUAUAUGGUUGCCAAACUAAUGUUCUUAUCAUGUUUAUGUUUUGUUAUUGUUGAGUUUUUUAUCUGAAUAUUGAUAGUAAAUGAGUAAAGAUUUAACGAUUCUUU